AUGCUGCUGCCACCGGGACACCCAGCCCUGCUGCUCCUGGCGGGUAUCCUGCUUGGAGCGUCUGCCCAGGAUCCCCGGUACACGAUAACCCAGAACAAGUCCCUGUCGGCGCCGACCGGGGGCUCCGUCACCCUGCCCUGCCCCUUCACCUACCCCCGCGAGAUCGAGCCGCUGCGGGACCUCCGGGUUUACUGGAGACUGGGAUUCUAUGGCAAGUUUAUCUACAAUCACACCGAGGGGUUCACCCACCCGGAUUAUGGGGGCCGCAUCGUCCUGGUCGGGGACCCGCGGAGGACCCGAACGGCCUCGAUCUGCAUCAACCGGCUGCAGGAGUCGGACGCCAGCGAGUACGUCUGCCACGUCAUGGUGCAGAAGAACGACCGCACAUGGGAGCAAUGGCGCGGUUACCCUGGAAUCCACCUCGCGGUGACAGCCCAAGCCUUGACGACGAACGCCCCCUGCACGGCGCAGGCGACGAUCCCAGCCACAGCCACGACGCAGCGGCCAGCCAGGCUGGGGGCAGCCCCGGUGAUUGGGGGGGUGCUGGCGGGGGCCGUCCUGCUGGCCGGGAUCAUCGGGCUGGCUGUGUACGGAGCCCGGAAGAGAACAGGCUGUCGGCAGAAGGACCCCCCGGCCCGGGCAGGAUGUCCCCCCGCCCCAGCGCCCCCCGAAGCCCCAGGACCCUGGCUUGCUCUACGCCGCCCUGGCGUUCGCCGAGCCUGGCACUGCCCUGAGGCAGCCGGAGCCCCGCGGGGCCCCUACGGACGAGACCCUCUACUCAGCCGUCCGGGUCCGCUAGGGACGGGGGGAGCCCGGACCCCCAGGGGAGGGGCAGGGGGCUGGAGAGGGGAAGGGCAGGCCACGGGUGGGAGGCAGAGCUGGAUCGAGGGCAAAUGGGGGGUGGUCUCUGAGUUGGAGCUGGGUUGGACAUGGGGGACUCAGAGCCAAUGA